AGUGAAUCCGCUUCCUGGUCCAUUUCCUUGGGUGCCUAUCCUAGGAAAUACCCUAGAUUUGAUCAGACAUAAGUUAAAUAUCGGAGAGUACUUAAAAGAAAUUCAAUCGAAAUAUGGUGAUUUUUGUGAAAUUCAGUUUGGUUCUAAACGAAUUCUCGUGAUUUCAAAUAGUGAAGUGGCACAUCCAAUUCACUCCACUUCAGUGGCUCUUAGUUAUAAAUUCUUAUAUCGUGACAUACCAAAUCCUGGAUGGCAGGAUUUGAUCAUGGAAGAUUGCGGAAUAAUUGCUAAUAGAAAUUUGGAAGGAUGGAAAAUCAAUCGCGAAUUCUUCAUAAAAAGGGCAAUGUCGAAAAAAUUUUUAAGAAUGCUUACCGAAAAAACACAUGAAAAGGCUACAGAUAUGUUUAAAUUAUGGGAUAUUAUGAUAAAUGAAAAGCGAGAUGUUGAUUUGUCUAAAUGGCUAGAAAAGUUUGCUGGGGAUAUAGCGGUUGCAACAGCAACUGGACUAUCUACUUACUCAACGAUUUCUUAUUUCAAUUCUCUGGGAUAUGAACAUAAUCUCGAUAAUAUUCCAACUUCAGAACGAGAACGAUCUUCGAAAUUGAUUUAUCUUAUUAAUUCACUUUUUAAAUCAGGACAAUGGCUCCUUUUAAUCCCAUCUUUUAUAAGACGAGCUCCUGGCAUAAGCUACUUUGACAACAAGGUUUUAAACGUUAUAAAACAGUUAGAAGACUUUUUAGCAGAGCUAAUUCAGAAAAGACGUGCAGAAAUCAAUUCAUUAUCCAACUAUAAUUUACUGCCCUCCGAUUUUUUAACAUUGCUCCUUACUGCCAACACACCACGGGAUCUAGAACAUACUUCAUAUAAGUUAUUAAACCGACCAUUAAAUGAUCAUGAAAUUUAUGGUGUUAUUAGAGACAUUUUCUUGGGUUCCAUUGAAUCAGUUGCAACUUCAAUGUGUUUAAUAUUUUAUUAUAUAUGCAAACACCCUUCUGUAAAGGCUAAAGCACUUUCUGAAAUCAACAAGAUAUUCGGACAUUCAAUAUCUUUAACUUCUCUUUACGAAGAUACAGAAAAACUAUCAUAUUGUGACGCCUUAAUUAAAGAAGUACUUCGCUUAAACGCUCCAUUUCCAUAUCUGCAACGAUCGAAUUCUGAACCUGUUGAAGUUGGUGGAUAUCCAUGGAAAGAGGGACAAACAUUUUUUUUACAAUACCAGAGAAUAAAUAUUAAUAAAAAUGAUUGGAUUGAUGCAGAAAAUUUUAAUCCCGAAAGGUUCUUGAAGAAUGAAAAUAAUAAGCGAUCAAUGAAUGCUAAUGAAGAUAAUAAUAAAAGUGCAUUUGCAACAUUUGGUGGAGGUGCUAGAAUUUGUCCGGGAAAGCUCUGGGCAUUAACUGAACUAAAAGUUCUUUUAGUUACAGUCUUAAUGAAAUAUGACAUGGAAUUUGUAAAUAAAGAUCAAGAAUUGGACUUAUUUUGUGAUUCAUCUUAUCAUUGGCGAGAACUUAGAAUCCUUUUAAGACCUAGAACGUAG